UUAUUUACUGAUACUGAUGAUCGAUAAUACACGCUACGCUCACAAAAUGGCUGUGAUUGCUUCGCCUACUGUUGUUUUAACGCCAGUGGACGUUGUAAGUCCUACUGUGAGCACUCGAACAACUUUAGAAAAAAUUGAAAGUUUUCUGAAUGACCCCGCAUACAAAGAAGCUUUGGAAAACUCUGUCAACUAUAACACACGAUUAUGUAUCGAAAGAAGACUGCGGUUGCCUUUCAUCGAUACUCAAACUGGGGUAGCCCAGAACCAUUCGGCUUUGUUUAUGAACAAAAGGCAACGAAUCCCUGGUCUCUUUCCUGGUCAAAUAUACUCUUAUCCACGGCAAAGAUGGAGGAAAAAGAGAAGACAGUACCUAACUAUGAACGCAAGAGCCUUCGCCAGAGCUGCAGACCAUUUACUUGAUGGCAGCGAAGUAGAUAUGCACAAUAUCUCGCAAAUUGAGAAUCCAGCCCUCCAAGACACUGACAGCAAAGAUAGCCAGCUGCUCCUCAAGGAUGAAGUCUCAAAGGAGUGGUUUUAUGAUGAAACUGAUAUGCUGGAAAUGGAAGCAUAUGAUGAACCUGAUCCCGAUUCUGAUUUGGAUUACGAAGAAACGUACACAAAGAAGAAAAGGGGGAGACGCGGCACUGGAAGGGGACGAAGCGGCACCGACUCUCCCAGUACUCCAGGAAGAAAAAAAGGUGCUGGUAGAGGACGAAAAAAAUCUGGGCUCAGUUUUGAGCCAACUCCCGGAGAUCCUGACAAACCUUUCGCUUGUGAACUGUGCGGUGCGCGUUACAAGACCAGGCCCGGGCUGACUUACCACUAUCGCCAUUCACACAAAGAGGGCGCUAGCGACGAGAACUCGGGCGACAGUAACGCCCCCACUCCCUCCGCUCAGAUGGGCGGGCCGAUCAGUUCUGCGUUCCCAGGUCUGCCCCAAGUCGGUCCGAAUCAGGGCCUCCCUGGCGGACCGCCUGUCCCGAUGGGCGGCAUGUUGGGCCCGAUGGCUCCGAUGCCGCCCAAUAUGGGUUCGGGGACGGGGGAGGGCGGCGGUGCUAAUCCCAACAGGGCCGAUCAAGGACAAGUCUAUCAAGAUAGUUAUGUUUCCUUUUUGAACCAGACACCCGGUACACCUCGUCGCAGCCGCCAACCCAACGGCGCCCCCGGCCCCAAUCCCCAACUACCCAUGCCUCCCAUGGUGUCCCCCUCCCAGUCCCAAGCUCCCCCCACUCUGCCGCCGAAUUUGCCGCCCCAGCAGCCUCAGUCGUUAGAGGAACCCCAGAUGCCAGUUCUGAUGCCGGAAAAGUCGCUGGAGUCCCUUCCGGCGGGGCCCCCUCUCGUUGGGGCUCCUCUGGAUAUUCCGGGGCCUUCGGUCGGCAUGUCGGAAGGUGUGAAGAAGCCGUCGCCGAGCCCUUAUUGCGAUUUCUGCUUGGGGGAUUCCAAGGUGAACAAGAAGACUGGCAUCCAGGAGGAACUCGUGUCUUGUUCGGAUUGCGGUAGAUCAGGGCAUCCUUCAUGCCUUCAGUUUACCGACAACAUGAAGAUAUCCGUCAAGAAAUACCGCUGGCAGUGCAUCGAAUGUAAAUGCUGCUCCGUUUGUGGAAACUCCGAUAACGACGAUCAGCUCCUUUUCUGUGAUGAUUGCGAUCGCGGAUACCACAUGUACUGUCUCAGUCCUCCUCUGGUAGAUCCCCCUGAAGGGUCCUGGUCCUGUAAGCUGUGCAUAGAUCUUUUCCACAAAUAAGGCAGCUCGACGGAAGAAUAUUUGAUGUGCGCCCAGGCAGUUUCGUUUUCAAUUCCGUGAUUUUUUCCAUGCUACUUAACGUUUGAUGAUAGUUUAUUAGUUGAACUGAUCUGGAUUGUUAUUGAAGUGUACCGAGCUACUUAAUGCGGUGAAUUAUAGUACUUAAUUGACAUUUUACAAA